CAAUCAAGAUUCAUUUUCUCUCCUUACUCUAGAUGCAAUUUACUUUUGUAUACGUAUGAUCUUUUGAAAUAACAAUAAUAAUUUAUUAUUGUAUAAAAUAAAUAAUAAGACUUCGCAUAAAAUGAGAAUAACAAAUGUGAGACGCGGCAGAAUGAUCCGUUUAGUUUCAAUUUGUGGUAUCCUAAUACUUUUGAUUUACGCUGUUCACAAGUGGUCUAGUGAAAAUUUGAGUGAUAGCGACGAACCUGUACUUUCUGAAGCAGAAGUUGGCUAUUAUAAGUUCCAUCGUGAUGUAUACCCAACAUUAAAAACAGAGUUGGGCAACUUUGAACCCAAGGAUAAGAAGAUAACAAAGGGCCCUGGUGAAGAGGGCAAGCCUUACCAUAUGUCUCAGGAUAGAGCCAAUGACAUAGCAGAAUCUGAGAGUGAAUAUGGCAUGAACAUUGCUGCCUCUGAUGAUAUUUCCAUGAAUAGGACGAUUCCAGACACUCGAUUAGAUGAAUGUAAAUACUGGCAUUACCCAAAGGACCUUCCAAGUACUUCCGUAAUUAUUGUCUUCCACAAUGAGGGCUUCACUGUUCUAAUGAGAACAGUGCACACCGUCAUCGACAGGUCACCUCCAAAUGUACUUCACGAAAUAGUGUUGGUGGAUGAUUUCUCUGAUAAAGACAAUUUAAAGAGCAACCUAGACAAUUAUAUAAAACGGUGGAAGGGUAAAGUAAGACUGAUUAGAAAUACGCAGAGAGAAGGACUAAUUCGGACCAGGUCUAGAGGUGCUCAAGAGGCAACCGGUGAAGUUAUUGUGUUCCUAGAUGCACAUUGUGAGGUCAAUGUCAACUGGCUGCCUCCAUUACUGGCGCCUAUUUACAGAGACUACAGAGUUAUGACGGUGCCCGUCAUCGACGGCAUCGAUCAUAGAACUUUCGAGUAUCGUCCAGUGUACCAACACGGUGCGAACUAUAGAGGAAUAUUUGAAUGGGGAAUGUUGUAUAAAGAAAAUGAAGUUCCCGAUCGGGAAAACGCCCGGCACAAGCACAAAUCGGAGCCGUACAAAAGUCCUACGCACGCUGGAGGUUUAUUUGCUAUAAAUAGACGUUAUUUCUUAGAGAUAGGAGCCUACGAUCCAGGUCUACUGGUGUGGGGUGGAGAGAAUUUCGAGUUGAGCUUUAAGAUAUGGCAAUGUGGGGGUAGUAUUGAAUGGGUGCCUUGCUCAAGAGUUGGACACGUGUAUAGAGCGUUCAUGCCGUACUCCUUCGGGAACCUAGCGAAGAACCGCAAAGGUUCUCUCAUUACAAUAAAUUACAAGAGAGUCAUCGAGACUUGGUUCGACGCGGAACACAAAGAAUACUUCUAUACUAGAGAACCUAUGGCGAGAUUUUUGGAUAUGGGAGAUAUAAGUGAGCAAAUCGCCUUGAAGAAUAAAUUGAAAUGCAAAGACUUUUCUUGGUUCAUGGAUAAUGUGGCUUAUGAUGUUUAUGAUAAAUUCCCCAAGUUGCCAAAGAAUGUUCAUUGGGGUAUGGUUAAGAAUAAGGCCACAGGUGUAUGCCUGGACACGAUGGGGAAGGCUGCUCCAGCUUAUAUUGGUACUUCAACGUGUCACGGCGCUGGAAACAGCCAACUGUUCAGACUUAAUGAAGCUGGACAGUUAGGGGUGGGUGAACGUUGCGUCGAAGCUGACGCCGAGAAUGUGAAGCAAGCCAUAUGUAGGCUAGGAACUGUGGAUGGACCUUGGAGAUAUGAGGCUGAGCAUAAUCAACUCAUACACCGGCUGCACAGUUACUGUCUCACCCUGCAGCCGCACUCGCAGACCCUGGGCCUGGCCCCGUGUGACCCCAACAACACGUACCAGCAGUGGACCAUAUCACAUAAGAAACCUAAUUGGUGAGAGUGGCUUCACAUAUAGUUGGUGGCUUAUUUGUAAGAUAUACAAUUCGGUAGUUAGUGAUUCGAACAUUCGGAGUCCUUUAUUGACAAUUUAUAUUUAAAAAUUACCUAUUCCUUAUGUCUCUGUGAUAGCAGAUGUUACGAAAAUAAGAUAUUUCUUUCUUCU